GAAGAAGACUCCCAGAAUGCAACUGGACAGUGUACCAACCUCGAGAAAAGUAAACCAAAGUGUCACUUGGUCGUUGGGUCAGGAGCAUGGCGACUUUCAGUAAAUAUCUGACCGCAAAGAACUCCUCUAUAGCCGGCGGUAUUUUGCUGGCGUUGUACCUGCUGAAGCGGAGAAGAAGGACGAGUCACCGGGACGGCAGAAAAGGAGGCUCCGGCGUGGUGCUGAACGCUGAGAAAGAUGGCAGGAAAGACCGUGCAGCGGUGGACAAGGUUUUCUUCUCCAGGAUCUUCGAGAUCGUGCGGAUCUUGGUACCUCAACUUAUCUGCAAGGAGACCGGCUACCUCAUCCUGAUCGCUGCCAUGCUGGUGACCAGGACCUACUGUGACGUGUGGAUGAUCCAGAACGGCACCAUGAUCGAAAGUGCAAUUAUCGGGCGCUCGACAAAAGAUUUCAAGGCCUUCUUGCUCAGCUUUGUCAAAGUCAUGCCACUUAUCGCCUUGGUGAACAACUUCCUGAAGCUGGGUCUCUACGAGCUGAAGCUGAGGUUCCGGGAGAGGCUCACUAAGAACUUGUACGACCAGUACCUGCAGGGGUUCACCUACUACAAAAUGGGAAACCUGGACAACCGGAUAGCCAAUGCAGACCAGCUGCUCACACAGGAUGUGGAGAAGUUCUGCAACAGUGUGGUGGACCUCUACUCUAACCUCAGCAAGCCUCUGUUGGACAUCGUCCUGUACAUCUUUAAGCUGACAAGUGCCAUUGGUGCUCAGGGCCCAGCCGUCAUGAUGACCUACCUCCUCGUCUCGGGCCUCUUCCUGACCAGACUGAGGAGGCCCAUCGGCAGGAUGACCGUCACCGAGCAGCGCUACGAGGGGGAGUACCGCUUCGUCAACUCCCGCCUCAUUACCAACAGUGAGGAGAUUGCAUUCUACAAUGGGAACCUGAGGGAAAAGCAGACCAUUUACAGCACAUUCAAGAAACUGGUGGAUCACUUGCAUCACUUUAUCUUCUUUCGCUGCUCGAUGGGAUUUGUGGACAGCAUGAUUGCCAAGUACGUGGCCACUGUAGUAGGCUACUUGGUGGUUAGCCGGCCUUUCCUCACCCCGUCACACCCUCGACACCUGCACAGCACGCACUCUGAGCUCCUUGAGGAUUACUACCAGAGUGGGAGGAUGCUCCUGAGACUGUCUCAGGCCCUGGGUAGGAUUGUCCUGGCAGGCCGGGAGAUGACCCGCCUCUCAGGAUUUACAUCUCGUAUCACUGAACUGAUGAAAGUCUUGAAGGAGCUGAAUGCUGGCAAAUAUGAACGCACCAUGGUGUCCCAGCAGGAGAAGGAAUCCGACAGUGGUGCAGAGAAACUGGUCCUGGUGCCUGGGAGUGGCCACAUCAUCAACAAAGAUCACCUCAUCAAAUUCGACCACGCACCCCUAGCAACACCCAACGGAGACGUCUUGAUCAGAGACCUGACAUUUGAGGUGAGAUCUGGCACCAAUGUUCUGGUGUGUGGACCAAACGGCUGUGGGAAGAGCUCGCUGUUCAGAGUGCUGGGAGAGCUGUGGCCUCUGUUUGGAGGACGCCUGACCAAACCUGAGAGAGGGAAGCUCUUCUACGUCCCACAGAGGCCUUACAUGACUCUGGGUUCUCUGAGGGACCAGGUCAUCUACCCCGACACACAUGAAGAUCAGCAGCAGAAAGGCAUCUCUGACCACAUAUUGAAGGAGUAUCUGGACAAUGUCCAGCUGGGUCACAUCCUGGACAGGGAGGGUAGCUGGGACUCAGUCCAGGACUGGAUGGAUGUGCUCAGUGGAGGAGAGAAGCAGAGGAUGGCUAUGGCCAGGCUGUUCUACCACAAACCCCAGUUUGCCAUUCUGGACGAGUGCACCAGUGCAGUGAGUGUGGAUGUGGAGGAUUUCAUCUACAGCCACUGCAGGACGGUGGGCAUCACCCUGUUCACAGUGUCCCAUAGAAAGUCUCUGUGGAAGCACCACGAGUAUUAUCUCCACAUGGACGGGAGAGGAAACUACGAGUUCAAGCCCAUCUCGGAGGAAACCGUGGAGUUUGGCUCCUGAGUGGCCACACAUGCACUGCUCAAUAAAUUCAGUCCACUAAUGAUUUGCACUUAAAUAGUUCUAGAAAAUAAUGUUUAUAAUCACGUUUCCUUUCCCUCUGAUAUUUAAAUGAUCACUUCAGUCCAUACUAACCAUGGAUUUGUUUCUGUGCAAUUGGAGAAAACACUUAUUUAUUUUGCCAACUUGAAAGGUGUGUGCGUGACGGUGGAAAUGUACCACAUUGUUUUAAUCAUCUGUGCCUUCACAAGAGUAUUGCUAGUGUUCGUAUCCCAGCAGGAUGCCUGGUUGGUUCUCGUUGAAGUCACACGCUCCCACAAGCUGGAAAGGAUUUGAAUGCCCCACAAAUACCAACGUGAUGGUUGGUUGUUUUAAAAGAAACUGUUAAUGACGUCGACACAAUAAAGUGUCGUUGUGUGAGGAUCCACGGCUCACUUCCUCCUGCUGCUUUCUGCCAUUAAAAAAGAAAUGGUGUUAAUAGUCUUGUAGACGUCCCACCCAGUAAAGAAAUGGUAGAGGUAAAGCCUCUGACCCAGUAACAAGGCCGCUCCACUCACUCACUGUUUAACACGUUCUCUGAAUGAUUGCUAUUGAUCACUGUGAGUCAAGUGGGGACAAAAUGACUUCAUUCCACUAAAAAUAGGAAGCUCUCCCUCUAAAGUUGCUUCAUCCACUUUUCUUCUCCAUAAAUGACCUUUGAGUUUAUGUAGCUGGUCAGAGCUUCCAUCCACAGAGGGUUGAUUGGAACAAAUCCACGUGGCUUGGAGCUGUGGUGAAGAGGCAACAACAAGGUGGGGUCAGCUUGACUAACUAAUUUGUUGAUUAUGAGACCUGAAGAUAAGGAUCAAACGGCAAAUAAUUCAGACUCAUAAUCUUGUUAUUGAGCUUUGUCCAGUUCAAAGGAAAUGUAUAGUUCAGGGAAGUUGGUGUAAAAUGUAUAUUAAUGUCAGACUACUGUGUUGAUACCGAUUUUCCACGUAGCGGAGAACUGGCUCGAGGGUAAAGAUGACUUCUGUCCAUUAAUGUACAGACUGCUGUGAGACAUGGAAGAGGAGGCAGCCUCAGUGAUGACGUGGUUUAUAGGAGUCGAUGCUGUAAUGAUCUCACUCUUAAUACAAUAAACUGUUGGAAUAAUAAA